AUGGACACUGACGCGGUCCGCAAUGCGUGCGCUGUCCUGGCCCGUGUAGGCGCCUUUGUGGACGACGGUUCUGGGGGCGCCUCGGCUCGCGACGACGUCACCGAUGCUCUUGCCUGCUUGCGCGAGGCGGUGGUGGUAGGCUCUGGGGCCAAUGGUGCAGCUGGACCACUGCCUGCGCCAAAGGACGUGGCAGUCGUGCUAGGCGCCCUCCUUCAAACCCUCCGCUCAGAGACCUCGUCCGUCCGUCGUCUCGCGCAGGAGACCCUUGCCAUCGCCAUCAAGGCCCACGCGCCGCGCCUCCUCACCACCAUUCAUAUCGAGCUGAUCAAGGUGCUGCGGCUUCCGCUUGCGCCAGCCGGCGAGCAGGCCGAGCCCAUCGCCCGCUCGCAAAAGGAGGCGCUGGCUCUCCUUGCCGCUACCGCCCAUCUCGUUCGCCCGAGCAAAGUGCCGUUUGUGCUCAGCGCCCUCGUCCCGGCCCUCCUCUCGCUCCUCGCCGGCCCGCUCCCGAUCCUACUCGCCGAGUCGCUCGGCAGCGCCUUUGAGCUCCUCGCUGCAGCUCUAGCUUUCCACAUCGACACCGACUCGCUCGUGGCCCUCCUCUCCAACCUUGUCGUCGCCCUGCCGUCCGCCGAGCCCAACGUCCGCCGCUCCAUGGCCACCGCUGCCCUCGCACUUGUCAUCCACGCACGCAAGCGCCCAGUCCCCAUUGUGUUUUCGCUGCUUUGGGAGCUCUGCGUCGAACCCGAGGCCGUGGCCGCCGGCCGCCUCGCCGCUGCCGCCGCCGCCACCGGCUGGGCCUCGCUCCCGCCGCUCGACGGCGCUGCCAACAUGCCGUCCGAUGCCGCCUGGGGCGUCCUCACCCUCACUGCUGCUCUGUGCAAGACUCUGCGUCUCGAAUGCCUCGACGACCACGUCGAUGCCGUCCUCGGCUUCGCCUACUCGGCCCUCCUCCACCCCUCCGACAACGUCCGCGCCGCUGCCCUCGAGACGUUCCAGGCCGUCUUUGAGGCCUACGGUCCGGCUUCGACUACGCUUGGAAGCGUUCUCCUUGAGCUCGCCGCUGACCUGCUCCCGCGCUUCGAGUCGUUCGUGUGGGGCACCGAUGCCGCCACAGGCCGGACUCAUCGGGUCUCACUCCGUGGCCUUGGCCUCGCCAAUCUUGCUCACGCUGCGCGCUACUUUCCCUACUACUUUGCCGCCACAGAUCGCGCCCUCGUCGCUCGCCUCACCCCGCUCCUUGACACGGACGACCCGCUUCUUGUUUCAUCCGCCGCUGAGGUGCUUGGAGCCCUGCUCGGUGCGCUGCUCUCUCCCUUUCCGCUCACUGCCAAAUCGCUCGUCGCCGCCCCAUCUGAUCUCGUCGCUGCUGCCCGCACCCUCGUCUACGACAGCAUCGAGUCUGUGUUCCUCGCUAGAAUCCGCGCCCGCCCGCUCGCGCCGGCCUCGGUCCGCCCGCUCCUUGACGCCGCCGUCGAGUUCCUCCCGCGUGCACUCCACAUCCUCGCCGCCCCUGGCCUUGUCGUCGACUUGAUUGCUGCUCUUGUCGAGCUCGCCUCGCUGCUGGCCGGUUCGUGGCAAGUCCGCGUCGCGCUCCUCCGCGUCUUUGCUGCCCUCGACUACGACGCGCUUGCGCUGCUGGGCGCCGACGCCAACGCCUGGCCGCCUGUCGACCUUCACGCCGCUGUCCUGGACAUCCUGGUUGCCUCGCUGCACUCGCCGGACACCCGCAUCGCCGCUGCCGCCGCCCAGCUCGCCGAAGAGCUGGGGCCCAAGCUCCUGCCGCGCCGGAGCGUGGCCCGCUCGCCGCUCCCGCGUCUUGUCGCCCGCCACACCGCAUGCCUUCCAGCGCCGGUCUCGGGUGCAACCGCUCCGGUCGAAAACCCGCGCCCGGGCAUUUCCCAUGUCGUUGCUGCCCUCGUCCAGGUUCUCCACCAAAUCCCGGCCUCGUCGCCGGCCUACAUGCCAACGCUCUCCUCGGUCUUUGCCUCGCUCGCCAACCUCUCCGGCUCGGGUCUUCCGCGGGUGGUCCCGAACCCACUCUCGCACCGCCGCCUCGCCGAAUCGCCGUCAUCGCAGCUCUUCCGCGCCCUGGGUUCGUUUGGUCCCCAGCUCCUGCCCUACAUCCUUGACGUUGUCUCGUCAACCGCUGUCUGCGGCGACGUCAGCGCCCACGCCGCUGCCCUCCAGGUCGCUGCCGGUCUCGCCCACGCUUCGCCGGACGCCUUUGGCUCGUUUGCGCUCCCCAUGCUCUCGCACCUGCUCAAAGUCCUCAACGUCGUCGCCCAUGUCCAGCAAGGCCUGCCCGUUGCCCGCGAGCUCGACUACGAGGCGCUCUCCGAGGCUGACAACCUCUUCCUCGCCUCCGCCACCGAGCCGAGUGCCCGAGGCGCUUCUUCCAGCUCAGACUCGGCCAAGUCUGCAUCCACAGCCACCACCGAUUGGUCCAACUUUGCGCGAUCGCCCCACUAUCUCAUUCUCUACGACGCUCUAGCUGAGGCCCACGCCUCGCGCGCCGCCACUCUUCCGGUCCCGCAAACGCCGCUGCCAGACGUCUCCGCCGGGCGCCCCGACAUCGGGCCCGCCUUUGGCCGCUCUGCCACUGCCGGCAAGCGCCAUGGCGAGGGCGUUUUUGCCACUAUGGCCAAGGCCACCCUCCGCGCCCUCGCCCACGUUGUCCGCGUCGCCAAGCGUGCCAUUGUCCCGCACGCUCAGACCAUCCUCACCUUUGUCGAGCUGCAGGUCGAGCCACACCCAAUCGAGGCCUUUGAGGUUGUCCGUGCCCUCUUCUUUUGCCUUUACGCCGCCGCAGAGUAUCUUGUCGUGCCGCCGCGGAGCUCGUCGCGCUCGCGAUCCUCGCGCAUGCUCUACCACACUCUCAUGCUGGACCCGCUCAAGCGCCUGGCUUCAUCCAAAAAGGCCCGCCGGAACCGUCUGCGUUUCCAGCGAACUGAGCUCCCGGCCGCCACCGUCGAGGCCGGCCUCAUCUCACGCUUUGAGCCCGUCGUCCUCGCCGCCAUCGACCGCUACGGCAAGACCUCGCUCGGCGAGGAGCAGCAGGCCAUCCUUCUCCUCCUCUGCGAAAUCGUCUCGGCCGGUGUCGACUACUCGCGCCUUGACGCCGAGCUCGCCGUUCUUCGCCUCGUGCUUGCCCAACUCGCAUCUCUGGAGGCCUCGAUCCGAUCUCCACGCUUGGUUGUCGAGCCCAUGCUCCACUUUCUCUGCACCCUCGUCUUUGACCGUGGCUACUCGUCGCCACUGCUCUCGAUAGACAAGCUCAUUGGCCUGGUUCAGACCAUGCUUGUCUCGCUCGCCAACUCGCCCGGUCCGCUCCUUGUCUGCCUCACGCCGCUUGUCGAUGCGCUCACCGGGCCUAAGGUCUCAGCUUCGCACCAGGCUGCCAUGCUCGACGUUCUCACGCCGUACGCCCACUUUCCAGCCGCCAUCCUUCUCAUGGGCAAGCUCCUCUCAGCUCUCUACUCGUCGACUGCAAAGUGGGAGUCGAUCUCGCGCAAACUGCUCGGCAUCAUCCUCCCGAUGCUCACCCACUCGGAAAUGCUAUUUGCCUCGGGCAACAACCGCCCGCUUCUGCUUGACAACGGUCCUCCUGCACUUCGAGCCAAUCUCUUCCCGGACUCGGACACCGGCUCUGAGGCCGGCUCGGACUCGCAGGCCACGCACCGCUCCGGCGACGCCUCGCACCUCAUCUGGGAAGGCGCCGCCGCCCGUAACUGCUCCGAAGUCAUCAUGGUGGUCUCGGUCCUCUCCGAGCUUCUUGGCUCCAUCUCGCUACGUGUCAGCGCCGGCGGCUCGACGCCGCUGGCUUCGCCGGUCAAGGGCGCGAGCACCGGUGACGCGUCGUCGGCGGGCUAUCCGUCACCACGCAGCCUACCCGGGCCCGGCGCUCUGCCGUCCGACUGGGACUCGCUCGACACGUCCGUUUCCACCGGCUCGGAUCUCAUCUUCGCCGCUAUCGGCUCCCCGGGUGGCUCGGCCACCACCCGCCGGCUGCACUCGAUUCUGCGCGCCUUGGUCCUCCACGGCUCGGCCGUGGCCGGUGGAAGUGGGCUCGACGACGACGACGGCCUUCCGCAAGAAGCCUCUUACGGUUGCGUCAUUGUCCUCGUCCAGCUGCUCAACCGAUUUGCGCUUUCUCAGCUGAGUAGCGACGAUGUCGGCCGCCUCGGCGCUGCGCUCAUGGCCAUUGCCGCCUCGGCCGUCGGCUUUUGCCAGCCGGGCAUGCCGCGGCCGCAAGCCCAGCUUGUCGCCUGGCUGCUGACUGUGGUCACCUCGCUGGUCCUCUCGCACGAUGGGCCGCGCAACUCGGCCCUUCGCGAGGCCAUGGCCGCCGCUGCCGAUCCUUUUGUCGACGCCGCAGCUGCACUGUGUGCUCACCUCCCACAGAGCCUCGGCCUCUCGCUUGUCUCGCCGCUAGUGGCCACGGGCCGGCUCACUCGCGGACUCGGCAUCGUCGACUCGCCGCUCUGGUCGCUGGCCUGGCUUGAGCUAGCUGGCGCCUCGCUUGCCGUCCGUGUCGUCGCUCCCCCGCUCUUUCUCCUCUACACCGACACGCUGGUCGCCCGCAGCGAUGAUGUUGAGCCCGCCCUAGUCACCCGCGACCUCCUCGGCGCUGCACUGCGGCAUGUCUCCGAGCCACCGGUCCGGGUUCUCCUCAACAUCAUCUCUUCCAAGGCAUCGCUCAACGCAACAGUCCUCGCUGUCCUCGGUGAGCUGGUCGCCGAGCGCCCGGACUUGGUGGCCAGCGCCCGCUCUGCACAUGCCGCCGUCGACCUGGUUGCUCAGCUCUCCGACUGUGCAGAGCGAAUGGCGCUGCUGAAUGCUCGCUGGCUCGCUGCCUCGCCCUACGUGCGGGUUCGUGAUGAGGUUGAGCGCCUUGCCAAGAGCAAUAGCAGCGAUGGGUCUGCAAGCGCGAAGACGCCUCAGCAUGCGCCCGAGCCGCCAGUUCCGACCUCACUUGACGACGUGGUCACAGCGGGUCUUGCCGGCGGUCAGCCACUGGUCCUCGAUGCGUCGUGUGUGCACGUCGACAUGGUGACGAACGCCUCGCUCCCAUUCCUCCAUGCGUACAUCGACGUGGUGGCCGAAGCUGUGGGCUCAGUGCCCGGCGACGUGCUCGCCGCCGCCCACACCCGUGGCCUUGCUGGCAUUGACGCGCCCGCAGCACUGCCCGACGUUGUCUUUCGUUAUGUGCGCGCCGGCAACGCGCUUGCCGCUGCCGGCGCCGCCCGCUGGGGUGCUGAACUCGACAUGGGCCUGGCGCUGAAGGCACUGCAUGCGGUGGUGAGCGCGGACGGUGAGGCGUGGGGCGUUCACGUGCUCGACGCUUUUGUCGAGGGCUUUACCGGCCUCGUGGGCUUCGCCAACGAUGCCGAGACCCGUGCGCGUGCGCUCGAGGUGGUGUGGCUUGUUCACUCGCGGGUGUACGGUGGGCAGGGCGCGAGCGCAGGUGACCAGCUUGCCGAGCUCUUUGGCUUUGUUUUUGCCGUCGGCGACGAGGGUGGCCAGCGGCGAUGGCGGAGCGUAGCAUGGUUUGGGCAGUCACGUGGCGGUGGCGCGUUUGCUGCCGAGUGGGCCCGACGGGUUGUUGUCCCACUGCUGAGGGUCUGGCUGCCAGCCGUGCUGGUGGCGUGGCUCGAGGCAAGUUCACGGAGCCCGUGUGGGCGGACGACCGAGGGUGUGCGGCAAAGCGGCCUCGCCCCGACGGUUCCAGGCCCAGCGCUGGACACGCUGGUGGCAUCGUCAGCCGACACCGACGAUCCAGCAUGUAGCCUUGCUGCCCGUCUGGAGCGCGGGCUCGAAGUGCUCGAGGAUCCCGCAACGGCCAAGGCGUUUGGCCGGAUUGUGGCAGUGCUCGGCGUCGACGCACUGACUGCGCCGCUGGUUGUCGACGGGGUCAUGCGGGUGGUGAGCCCACCCCCAGAGACUGCCCCGUACAUCGAAGACGCAGCGCUCGAGGUCGGCGUCCAGACGCUCCGCGCACUGGAGCUUGAGCUGGCGCGCGGCGGAGCGCUUUCGACCCCGCCGCCGCCGUUUGCCACCGGGCCCCGGCACGUUCCGCGGUACGUGGAGGUCGAGUUUGGCAAGUCGCCUCAUGGUAAGCAGCUUGUGGCGGGACUCACUGUCUGUGACGUGGCGCUCGGACUCGGCCAUGUCCGCGGCUUCCAGGUCAACGUCGAUCGGAUCGGCCGCGACACCCGCGCGUUUGCAUCUGGGCAAGUUGCGCUGCGCAAGCUCUCGCGGCGGGUCCACAAGGGAACCGACGCGCAGGCGCGUGGAUCGCGGAUGCAGCGAACCGCUCAGGCGCUAGUGAACCUCGCAGUGAGCGCCAAAGGCUCUGAGCGCGCGGCGCUGCGGCUCGAGGCUCUGGCGUCGCUGCUCGCGCUGGUCGACGUCGUGCCCAACGAGGAGCUGAUGGCGGUGUGGUGGCGGCUUCUCUGCGAGCUGCAUGGCGAUAAGCGGUGCGAGGCUGACCCGCUUGUCCGCGGCAUGCUGCUGCAGGGCGUGCUCAAAGUGGCGCUGCUGGUCAACGGCGGCCUCUCGCUGUUGGGUCGGGUGCUGGAGGAGGGACUUGAGACCUUGCAAGGGAGCACUCAGUCGGGCUUUGUCUUUGGACUCAUCCACUUGCUUGAGGCCAAGAUUUCCGGCGUGCUCGCACCUUAUGUAGGUGCGCUCUGCGAGUUUGCGCUUGGCGCUGUCCGCCGGACGCGGUAUGGGCGGGCCAAGCUUGGCGCGGUUGCGCUGGUCGGCAUGCUACUGGCCAAGUUCCCGGCCGAGGCCGAGUCGCUCGGUUUUGUCACCCGCGCGCUGGACGUGCUCAUCACAACGGCACGCAACAAGCGCGAGCUGCGAAGUGUGCGCAUCGGUGUGGCCAAAACGCUGCAGACCGUGUUGGCGUCGUCUGCGGUACCACUGCGGGUCCUCGAGGCCGUUCAAUUCCAGUGGACGUGGGGGUAUGGCAAUGUUGCGUACUGCGCCGCGUACGAGGCGGUGUGUGAGUGUGGGCUUGGGCUUGCCGCACUCUACACCGAGGCGCUGCGGCGGGCACUGGCGCGCGGCGUGCCACGUGGAGGAUCGAUUUCGGCGCUCGCCGCCAGCGUGCCGUCGAGUCGGGCACUCGUGGGAGCUGGCCGCAGCGGAAGCUCGGUGUACGACUACGAUCACGACGAAGAUGAGGAUGGGAGCGCGGACGAGACAGCGCGGGUCAUCGACGCUUUGUACGAGCGGGCUGUGCUGUUGAUUGGGCGAGUCCGGUGCGGGGCGUUUUUGCGCGAGCGCCGGGUCCUUGUUGCCACCAUUCCGCUGCUCCUGGCUGACUUUCUGCCGCCGGACCGAGCGCUGACGCUUGUGCUCGGCCAGCUGCUCUCGGCGCGGACUGAUGCCGGUGGAUGCGAAGACGUGGCGCAGAUACUGUUCCGCACGAUGGAGCUUCUCCGAAGCGGCCGCAACGGUGAAGCCUAUGUCCGCAAGUGGGCGUACAUGGCGCUGCAUUCGUUCGUGCAGGUUGCGCCGGCGUGGGUUGGCAUCUGGCUUGCCGCGGUGGUGCUGGUGGCAUCGGCGCCGUCGCGUGAGGUGCUCCGCUUUGGUCGCGCCCAUUUGCUUGGCGGCCGGCGUGAGCACGGGCCGUCGGCCUCGACGCAGGCACUGUUUGCGCUUGCGUUCCAGGCUCACGUUGACGCUGGUGGCGCUGAGACGUUGGCAGCGGUCUGGGCCGACUCGGCAAUGGUCCAGGCCAUUGUGCCUGAGCCUCGGGCUGGCGGCGUGUGA